UGGCUGAGGAUCUAGAAGAAGGUGAAGAAACUCAAAAUAAAGAAAUGGAACUUAGUGAUGAAGAUUUGGAUAGAAAUGUGGAAGAUAAGACUUUACUUAACUGCAAGGAGAACAAGAAUGGAGUCUAAUUUGAAUCAAGAUGGAGUGCCUAGGCCAUCUUAUGUUUUUAGUGCUGACCCAAUUGCAAGACCUUCAGAAAUAAAUUUUGAUGGUAUCAAGCUUGAUCUCUCUCAUGAGUUUUCCUUAGUUGCUUCAAAGACUGAGGUAAACAACUUGGAAUCAAAAGAUUAUCUCCAGGUUUGUCUUCAAAUAAGACCAUUCACACAGUCAGAGAAAGAACAUGAAUCAGAGGGCUGUGUGCAAAUUCUGGAUUCACACAGUGUUCUCUUGAAAGAGCCUCAAAGCAUCCUAGGUCACUUAAGUGAAAAAAGCUCUGGGCUGAUGGCACAAAAAUUCAGUUUUUCCAAGGUUUUUGGCCCAGAAACUACACAGAAGGAAUUCUUUCAUGGUUGUAUUAUGCAACCAGUAAGAGACCUAUUGAAAGGACAAAGUCGUCUAAUUUUCACCUAUGGCUUUACCAAUUCUGGAAAAACAUACACAUUUCGAGGUACAGAGGAAAACAUUGGAAUUCUUCCACGAACUCUGAAUGUGUUGUUUGCCAAUCUUCAGGAAAAACUGUAUACAAAGAUGAACAUUAAACCGAAUAGAUCAAGAGAAUAUUUACGGUUAUCACCCGCCCAAGAGAAAGAAGAAGUUAUAAACAAAAGUACAUUGCUUCGGCAAAUUAAAGAGGUUGUUACACUUAGUGACAAUGAUGAUACCCUUCAUGGAAGCUUCACCAACUCUAUGAAUAUUCCAGAGCUCGAAGAAUCCCUGAAAGAUUGUGAACCAUCUAGCUUGAAUACGGAUAAUAUAAAAUUUUCUGUAUGGGUUUCUUUCUUUGAGAUUUACAAUGAAUGUAUUUAUGAUUUGUUUGCUCCUGUAUCAUCGAAGUUCCAAAAGAGAAAGAUGCUGUGCCUCUCCCAAGAUGUAAAGGGCUAUUCUUUCAUAAAAGAUCUACAAUGGAUUCAAGUAUCUGAUUCCAAAGAAGCAUACAAACUUUUAAAACUAGGAAUAAAGCACCAGAGUGUUGCCUUCACAAAACUGAAUAAUGCUUCCAGUAGAAGUCACAGCAUAUUCACUAUUAGAAUCUUACACAUUGAAGUUUCUGAAAUGCCUCGUGUAAUUGGAGUCAGUGAAUUGUCUUUAUGCGAUCUUGCUGGUUCAGAACGCAGCAUGAAGACACAGAAUGAAGGUGAAAGAUUAAGGGAGACUGGGCACAUCAAUACUUCUUUAUUGACUCUGGGAAAGUGCAUUAAUGUUUUGAAGAACAGUGAAAAAUCAAAGUUUCAACAGCAUGUGCCUUUCCGGGAAAGUAAACUGACCCAUUAUUUUCAAAGUUUUUUUAAUGGUAAAGGGAAAAUAUGUAUGAUUGUCAACAUCAGUCAGUGUUGUUUUGCCUAUGAUGAAAUGCUCAAUGUGCUGAAGUUCUCAGCCAUUGCACAAAAAGUUUAUGUUCCUGAUGCUUUAAAUUCCUCUCGAGAGAGAGCUGGUGGAACUUCCAAGUCUUCUGAAGACAUAUCAGUAGAUAAUAAUUCAGAUAAUAAAAUGUUAAAUGUAAAAAGAGCCACUGUUUCAUGGGAAAAUAAUCUUGAAGAUUUGGUAGAAGAUGAAGAUUUGGCUGAGGAUCUAGAAGAAGGUGAAGAAACUCAAAAUAAAGAAAUGGAACUUAGUGAUGAAGAUUUGGAUAGAACUGUGGAAGAUAAGACUUUACUUAACUGCAAGGAGAACAAGAAACUAUUGAAUUUAAUAGAAGAACUGAAAAAAAAACUGAUAAAUGAAAAAAAAGAGAAGUUAACAUUGGAACUUAAAAUUCGAGAAGUUACACAGGAAUUUACUCAAUAUUUGGCUGAACGUGAGGCUGACUUUAAAGAAGCAAUGCUUCAGGAACGAGAGAUGUCAGAAGAAAAUGCUGAAUGCCGUUUGGCGAUCUUCAAGGAAUUGGUUGGUGUAUGUGACAUUCAGGAAGAACCAAGCAAUAGAGUUUGUGCUGUGAAAGUUGAAACUGAGGAAGCACAUAAUUAUGUAGGAUUUGAAGAUAUUAUUGACUCUCUUCAAGAUGAUGUCACUGAUAUUAAGAAACAGGCUGAAAUUGCUCACUUAUGCAUUGCAUCUCUUGCUGAUCCCCAGGAAGCCAUGGCUUGUUUUCAACUAAAGUUAAGUCAAGUUAAAACUGAAUUAGAUAAAAUUAAAGAAGAAUUAAUCAAAACCAAAGAAGAGUUAAAAAAGAGAGAGAAUGAAUCAGAUUUAUUAGUCCAAGGGCUGAAGAAAUCUAGUAAGGUAAUACUUUAAGCUUUUUUAUUUCUUUGUUUUGAUGAGGAGUAGAAGAGUACAGUUUAUUACUACAAAUGUUUAUUUUAAAACCAAUUACAGAAAAAGUAAUGAAGACGGUGAUAACAAAAUUGAGAAGUCUAAGUGCCUUCACCUUUAUACUGCUUUUCAGUGAUGGUCAUUGGGAAGAUUCUAUAAGCCUUAUGGGAAAUUUGUGGACAUAUAUAGAAGGAUACAUAUGUCUUAAAAAGUUUGCAUAAGUAGAGU